AUGAUGAUUACAGCCUCGCAUAAUCCUGGAUGUGAUAAUGGGCUUAAACUUGUUGACCCGAGUGGACGAAUGUUGGCGAUGGAGUGUGAGGAAGAAUUGACUAAAAUUGCGAAUGGGACAGAAGAGGAAUUUGAAAAGUUUAAAAAUGAAGAGAUUCAACAAAUCAAAAACAAUGAAGAAAAGGACAAUCCAACUCCAAUAAUAGUCAUUGCAACAGACACCCGUCCAUCAUCUGCUAUUCUUUAUGAAGAAGCCGUUAAAGGAAUUAAAUUAUUGGGGAUUUCUGUGGAUAUUAAAUAUUUUGUUAGGGCAAUAAAUGAAAAGAAGCCUGUGGACGAUUAUAUUCAACAAUUUCGAAGGGCUUUGGAAAAGUCUAGAGAAUUCCUCAAUAUCGAAGAAAAUACUAAUUUAAGUCCUCUCUAUUUGGACUGCGCUAAUGGAGUUGGUUCUCUUUGGAUAGUAAAAUAUUUGGAAAAUAAUGGAUUUAUUUGUAAAAAUGGAUUGGAUGUUACUAAAGAAGAGGAAGAAAAAAAUCUGGGAAAAAAUAUUUUGGUUAAUUUAUUUAAUACGAAUACAAAUGAUGGAGAAUUGUUAAAUAAUGGGUGUGGCGCAGACUUUGUAAAAAUCAAAACUUCUUUGCCUUCCAAUUUCCCAACAGCCUUACCUGUCGGAACUCGUUGUGCUUCUUUUGAUGGAGAUGCGGAUCGUUUAAUUUAUUUUUAUCCAAAUUUGGAAGGAAAAAUUUGUUUACUCGAUGGGGACCAUAUUUGUGCUAUUUUUACAAAAUUUAUUAAUCAACAAUUAAACGAAGCAAAAACUAAUGGAGAAUUAAUUAAUUUGAAUUUUGGUGUUGUACAGACUGCUUAUGCUAAUGGAAAUUCUACGCGUUAUUUUAAUGACAAAUUGAAUAUAAAACCAUUGGUUACCAAAACAGGAACUAAACAUUUGGAAGAAGCAGCUCUUAAUUAUGAUAUUGGAGUAUAUUUUGAAGCAAAUGGACAUGGAACUGUUUAUUUUAGUGAUAAAUUUUAUAAAUUAAUUAAAAAGGGUGAAAAUGGAAAAGAAAAAGAACAAGUUCCUCGUUAUAUUAAAUUGUUGUCUCUUUUUUCUAAACUUGUUAAUGAGGUAGAUGGUGAUGCCAUUGCUGAUUUAUUAACUGUUGAAUUUUUGCUUCGUUAUUUUAAUUGGACAAUUCAAGAUUGGGAAAAGAAUACUUAUAGUAACUGUCCAAGUUUUCAACUUAAAGUGCCUGUAUCUAAUCGAAAUCUUUUUGUCACACCUGAAGAUAAUGAAACUAAAUUACUUCAACCUAUAGGAAUUCAAAACAAAAUAGAUGAAUGUGUUUCUAAAUUUUUAAAUGCUAGAGCUUUUAUUAGGCCUUCUGGAACUGAACAAAUUGUUCGUAUUUAUUCCGAAGCAAAUUCUUUAGAAGAAGCAAAACAACUUGCUAAUGAAUUGGAGAAUGUAGUGAAGGCUGAGACUUUAAAAGAGUGAAUGAAUUAAAAGAGUGAAUGAAGUUAAAUUGAAGGGAUUAUUUUUAUUUUUGGACUCUUAUUUUUUCUUGGCAAUUAUUCAGUUUGAAUAUUUUGUUAAUUUAAAUGGGUAUUAAUUUUUAAUUGUUUUUUGACUUUCCUAGUAUAUCUAUUAGAUUAAAAUUUUGUUGUUAUUGCUAGGUACUAUUUCCGGUUACUUUCCAGAAUCAAUGUCCCUUUCUCUUUCACGCACAAGGCUCAUAAUGGUCAAACAAACCUGCUUAAUCUCCUAUCUCUUUCACUAAAUUUUUCUGGUAUUUUCGA